AUGAGUUUUGUUCAUAUUUGGGAUGGACUGGUAUCGAGACAUAAUAAGACAGAGCUUGAGUUGAUUGUGUGUGCGCUAAGGACAAUCUGGUUGCAAAGGAAUAGGCUGGUUUUUGAAGGUAAGUUAAAGGGCCCUAAGAAGGUCUGGCUGAUUGCAAGAUUGGAAGUGAAGGAUUUUCACCAACAGUGUGGAAUGACUCAAAUAGUUGGAGGGGUUGCUAAAGGUACACUUAUGAAAUGGAGCAAGCUUGCAUUUAACUGGUUCAAGCUUAAUUGGAAUGUAGCUUUUUGUGAGAAGAAUAAGAGGAUGGGAGGUGGAAUAGUGGUUAGAAGCUGGGAAAGUGAUUUGGUAGCAGCUGCAGGGUGGUCCAAGAGGUUUAUUACUAAUCCUUUACUAGCUGAGGCUACUACUUUAGAGAGAGCUACAUAUUUGAGAAUAGAACUAGGAUUGUAUGAGGCAAUUUUUGAGGGGGAUGCUCUUGUGUUGAUCAAUGAUGUAAAGGGUAAGAUUGAGAACUGGUCUUGGUAUGGACAAAUUGUAGAAGAUUUGAUGUUGUUCUUCUAUCAUAACAACAAUCGACAAUUGAAGUUUAUACCAAGAAUAGGGAACAAUGCUGCACACAUCCUUGUUAAGCUAGCUUUAGGCUUUGAGGAGGAAGUGGUUUGGAUUGAGGAGGGUCCAAGAGAGAUUUUGCAAUGUGUUGAUUGUGAGAAAUUGUAG